AAAGUGCUACAUAGUCCUGUAUUUUGUUGAAACUUCAGUAGAUGUCAUGCUUUUUGAGCAGGGGAGAUGGGUUUGAGUCACAGCACUACUAACUAGCAGGUCAUUAAUUAAGUUGCUUAAAAUUGGAUUUGGAAGCCUAACUUUAGGUAGCCAAUUUUGAUAGUUUUGGCCUAUGUCUUUAGAGGUCACUCUAAGCCUAAAAUAUGGCAAGAAUAUCUUGUCCUUUAAGGUAUCCAGUUGUUCAGGAUCCCUACAGUUAUUUGCACUGCUGAUCCCAGGAAAUGAGAGAAACCAGAAGUGAGAGACAAUAUCUUUAAUUGAUGUUAGUCUAGAAAAAGAUAUUACUUCAAUCCAUCAGUCUCUCGUAAUCCUAUAUCUCUUUGUGAGGAGAAAAUUUAUACCACAUACUGAACACUCUGGACUCUUGAUAGAUUGAAUAUUUUAUCUUUUACACCUCUCCUUCCCAACUCUCUGCCCACAGAAUGGCUAUUUCAUAUCAUUUUGUGGCUGAGUCACCAUUUGGGUGCGUCUCUACCAUAGGGAGUUCUAUGUAAUCAGCACUGCAAUCUUUUUGAACUUUCACUGCUCUGCAUGUCCCUGAGGGCAGGUGUUGUGCCAACUCAAUGUUUAACUAUUGUGUCACAAGCAUAAUUAGAAGGGAAGGGAAAGGCAGGGCAGGAAAGGGAGGAGAAAUCAGUCCUCUUUAAAAACGUCAUGCAGAGGGAAAGGCUGGAACUUCUUAAUUGCUUCCCAACGCACGCGCACACAGAGGCUUCCUACAUGGCUACCAGGACUCAGGAUAUGAGUGGAGUAUUAAAGGAGGGAUUCCUCAUUAAACGGGGGCAUAUUGUCCAUAAUUGGAAAGCAAGAUGGUUUGUUCUGCUACAGGACAAGCUGCUGUAUUAUAAACUUAAUGGAGGCAGGAAGGAGCAUUCUCCUAAGGGCAGGAUAAUUUUGGAUGGUUGCGUUAUCACUUGCCCAUGCCUGGAAUAUGAGAACAGACAGCUAGUCAUUAAGCUGAAGACAAAAACCAACACAGAAUAUUUCCUUGAAUCUUGCUCCAGAGAAGAGCGGGACUCUUGGGUUGCUGGCCACCCAGCCCAGGCACAGCAGCUUCACAGAAUGAAAAAUUCCUUCAAACUUCCCUCAAACAUCAGCCUCAACCACAUAGUGGACAAAAUGCAUGACAACAGUAAUGGAAUUAAACUGACCCCCAACACGGAACAAGGCAACACAUACAAAGAAAGCUUUACAGGUUCUGCACUGGUGGACUGGCUGAUCUCCAGUAAUUUUGUUGCCUCUCGAUAUGAGGCUGGGACACUGUCUUCCAUGCUGAUAGAUGAAAACUUCAUCAAGCCUGUUGGAGCCCGGAGCACUGAAGCCAUGCGCAAUGGUGAUCUGUCUGAGCAGUUCCUAGAUGACUCCACAGCACUGUACAUGUUUGCUGAAAGCUCCAAGAGGAAACUCAGCUCCAAGGAAGAACUGAGCCUUCACAUCCUUGAAUUAAGUGGAACAAUUAUAAAACAAGGAUAUUUAGUAAAACAGGGACACAAGAGGAAAAACUGGAAGGUGAGGCGCUUUGUUCUGAGGGCUGACCCUGCUUUCCUGCACUACUAUGAUCCAACAAAGGAAGAAAACAGACCAGUCGGUGGGUUUUCUCUCCGUGGCUGCCUUGUCUCAGCUCUGGAAGAUAAUGGAGUCCCAUCUGGGGUGAAGGGAAAUGUGCAAGGAAACCUCUUCAAAAUCAUAACUAAAAAUGACAUUCAUUACUACAUCCAGGCCAGCUCGAAGGCAGAGCGAGCACAGUGGAUUGAGGCCAUCAAGCGGCUGACAUGAGCAAGACGGACUCUAUACCCAAGAUAGGGAUUAGGUGAAUAAUUGACAUUCAUGAGCAAACUUGCUGCUGUCUUUGCUAGGAGUGUUGACUCUGGGAUGGCUGAUCCAUGAGAUGGAAGAGCAAAUCUUUUCAUCCAAUUUACAUCUGGCAGAUCAGUAUCAUGCUUCACCCUAAAGCAGAAAAGCCUUACUGGUUCCCCUCUUGCUAGGACACUCGGACAUUCCAGUAUCCCAUGCCUACUGCAGUCACAGUGACUGAACCAAGGACUGUGGGUUGGGCUAGAACCAGCACAAGCACUCAUUUCUGAGGCCACCUCAUUUCACAUAAUGCUAUGGAGUCUUUUGCUUGGUUGCACUCUGGUUGCCUCAGGGAAUACCACACUGGAACAAACCAGUAUACCUGCUGCAUUAUCCAACUGCCUGCAGUGCUGGAAAAAAACAUUGUGCUGUAGGAACAUAAGAUCAUACCCAUAGUUCAUCUACUCAAGUAUCUGAUCUCUGGAAGUGGCCAGUGCUACAUUUACCAGGAGAAGAAGAGAACCCCACAAUCCACUUGAGCAGCUAUGUAACAAUACAUGGUAAAGGGGAGCUUUCCUCGCUGAACCCAAUUGGAGAUCAGUUUAUGUGAUUCACCAAAGGACUGAUUAACUAAUACAGUAAUUUAAUCCUACUUACUAUUGUUUCUACUUCAAACCAUUAAAUUUUGCAUUUUUUUAGUAAA